ACUGGACUUUUACAGUUUGUAGUCAGUCUCCUGUCUCUGAGCCAUUUUUUUGUGUGCCGGUGGACUCACACUUGAACUUUCAACAUGGUUGAUGCUUUCUGUGCGACCUGGAAACUGAUAGACAGCCAGAACUUUGAUGAGUACAUGAAAGCACUGGGUGUUGGCUUUGCAACAAGGCAAGUAGGAAAUGUCACCAAACCCACAAUCGUCAUCAGCCACGAAGGAGACGAGGUCACCGUUAAAACGCUGAGCACUUUCAAGAACACUGAGAUCUCCUUCAAACUGGGAGAAGAGUUUGACGAAACCACUGCAGAUGACAGGAAUGUGAAGUCCACAGUUAGCUUGGACGGAGACAAACUUGUUCAUGUGCAGAAGUGGGACGGAAAAGAAACCAAGUUCGUCCGAGAAAUCAAGGACGGCAAAAUGAUCAUGACUUUGACCUUCGAAGGUAUCGAAGCCGUUCGCACCUAUGAGAAGGCGUAAAGAUCCAACUCAAGGAUGCUUCAGUCUACUCCUGGCAACUUGACAAUGUCCGAGCAGCAUUCAUUUUUUUUAAAUUUUUUUUUUUUUACACAACCUAGACUGUUCCAAGUCAUGGGACAUGUUUUUUUUUUUGUUUUGUUUUUUUAUUGAACUGCUUUUUAUAUGAAAAUAAAAGUGAGUAAUGGAGAUCUGAUCACUGAACGUUUGUGUAAAGCUGACUCAAAUAAAAAAACCUGAAAAUA